AUGCUCAGAAGAUAUCUCUCGAUUGAACAAAGUGCCUCGAGAAAAGCUUUAGAAACGGAUUGUGAGUGUUUCAAAAUGAGGAACAAAGUUCUGUACACUCUCUUCUUCUUAAUAGUCUUUGCAGUGAUACAUCAAUCAAUCGAAACGAAGAAAGUGGUCAUACACGUCCCUUAUCGAGUGAAAAAUGUGAAACAUACGCAUACGAUCUAUAAAAUAAUUGCACAUCGUGGUCACGGAAAACACAAAAGUGAUGACGAAUAUUACGAUGAUUAUUGAAAAUGUGUAUACUCUCAUAGGUUAUAACAUCAUAGUAAUUAUUCAUGCAUAAGUAGAGCAAAAAUCCAAAGAGUAGUCAUUAUAUUUUCAUUAA